AUGGCUACUGACUGGCAACCCGAGUGUAUGGUAUCCCAAAACCAAGCAGCUCUGGAGAGCAUAGGAGCCCAUUCAGACCGAGCUCUUCAGAAUACGUCUGGGAACGUGCAGGCAUACUCAGACAGCCUAGCACACCAUGACACGACUGGACGUGAUGACCCUCUACAGCAUUACACCCUCAAGUACCCUCACCCUCCAGUCCCAGUCCCAAGCCAUCCACUGCCAACUGCCACUGCCAAUCUCUACCAUCCCCAGCUUUUAAGUCAUCGAUACCAGGUCAAGAAGCUGCGGCGUCUCCAAUCGAAUGGUUCCUCAUAUGCAGGGUCCAGAAGGGGGAGAAGUUACUUGAAGUCACAGAAGUACUUAGAGUAUAGGGCUCGGCCACGUCGGGAUACUGGGAAAGAUGGUGAACCAGUAUGGUCGGACGAACUGGAGGAUGCCUUCCAGCAAGCUCUUGAAGCAAACCCGCCUAUGGGGAGACGAAAGUGGUCCGAACGUGGAAAGUCCUACGGACGAAACGAACUGAUUGCGGAGUACAUCUAUAAAUUGACUGGGAAGCGAAGGACCAGGAAACAAGUGUCCAGUCACUUGCAAGUACUUGACUCAUUCCUCAAGGGUGACCCUGAUUGGGAGAGACUUGUCCGAGAACAAUCAGAUCGUUCAACUGCCCAGACGCAACCGGUGGGACCACGAUGGAGAACCUCGAUGGACCAUUUGCCGUCGAGUCACUACGGCACUCACGCAACCUCUUCUUACCCGGAACCCAUGAGGCUGAUGCCCCCUUACUCGGCAGACUUGCAGCUACCUCAGUACUCACCCACUUCAACUCAACAAGACACAAACAACAACACAAUACAAGGCCUUAGCUUUGACAUGUGGGUCAGCGCUCCAAACAAACCGGACCGUAUUGACGACGCGUACCAUUUGUAUACCCGCCUCCAAGGCGACCAACGUCAACCGCCCAUGCCGCUGGAAGAUCUGAAGAACUGGCGCGUGUCCUUUCCCCACCUAAGCUCAUCACUCUCAGACGUGAACGAUCCGCUGAACUGCGAAAUAAUUCUUCUCGAGACCAACCUCGAGCUGAUGGAUGACUUUCCUCCUAUGGGUUCUAGAUUGGGGAUCCACCUGGAACUUGACAUUGCAAAUCCUAUGUCUGGGACGGCGCCAACGGUCAACCAGAUGGAGAAUUGGACAUGUAGUACUUACAUAUACGAAGACGGGAGGCGCACGAUGGAGGCAUAUCACAACCUCACCAAGCCGCAUACAACAAAGGUUAAGCCGCCAUUUGAGUCAUCGUGGUGGGCAAAAACCUUCACGAAACUGACACAAGACAAGCGGGAAGCUGAGAGCACCGGACAUCACCACGCUGCUGAUGAGCGUACCCGACGGUAUUUUCACUCUUUGACCGCGGUGCAGGAGAUCCGGGCUACUGUACCUCCAAGCUUGCGACGUCUACAGAACCAUUAUCCAGGUUCUCCUGCUGAAGAAAGCAAGCGGAUGGCCAUCAUCCUCUGGAAGUUCCGCCAGACUCGACCCAACGAGGUUGGCACGACGACAUGGCGAAAGCUGAUAACGUCUCCGGACCGUGCCUUGACCAAUAGCCCUAGACCGUCCACUGCAAUUGAUCUUCCUCCUCUAUCCUUAGACUCUAUCCUGCUAAGCAAGCCUACUUCGAACUUAUACCAGGCACCGCCUCAGCACCAUGACCUACUGCACCAGAAUGCCCCCUCGCAGCAGUCUUGGUCCCUCUAUCAACCAUCUCAUGACCAUGUUAAUAGCUUAUACCACUCCGCCGGCGCCUUCGAUUUUCUAAACAGCAUCACAAAACCGGAAGAGGGGUUAUCAGAUAAGACAGCCCCAACCUCAGUGCUUGACCCCUUCCCCAACCUCACACAACAGACUACUAGCCAAACGGCCGGCAUCAACGUUUCCAGCGGCACACCGGUAAUGCUUCAGAUCCCUGAUUUAUCCCUCUCGUCCAACCUUGGAACCUAUGGACUCGGCCAUGAAAGCCACUAUGUGCCGUCACACCAUAAUGCAGCAAAUCUGCACGAUCACAGCAGCACCACCGGACUAGGUCACUACUUCGCCCCAAGCACCCAGUCACUCGACGAAAUUAGCCAUUCCCACGCCCCAUGGUCAGCUCCAAACACAACAAUCUCCGGCGAUACUAGCGGCGGCAACUACCAUCAUCUACCGUUUACGACGUCAGAUCACUCCGUUACGGUAUCGCGCGAGUCGCACCAGAAUCACAGCUUUGAGGGGCUACUGCCUUCGGAUGAUCUCGUUGGAAUCGUUGGGGGAUUAUCUGGUGAUCCUAAUAUGAACGGGGCGGGCCCCGAACAUACAUCUUCGGCAUAUGCUGAACAUACUGCGGUUGAGGCUGUCUAG